AUGCUACGCUUAACAAUUCACCUUGUCUGUGCGUUGCUAUUGCUCUCUUUGGCCCACGGUGAUACUUGUUCAUCUGUUGCUUCUCUGGGAUACAUCAACGUCACAUAUGCUCUCAACCUAGCCUACAUUGAAGAACAAACCCAGUACUGGUCAACGUCAUGCUCUGCCCUCCUUCCCUCCUGCAUCAUCUUUCCAAAAACGGUGGAAGAAGUGUCGACCGUGGUGCGAAUACUUGCCAACACGACUGAACCUUUCGCCAUCAAGUCUGGAGGCCACAACCCCAACAAUGGGUGGAGCAGCGUAGCCGGUGGCCCACUCAUUGCUAUGGAACAUUUCGAUCAAGCCAACCUUGAUCGCAGCACAGGUAUCGUUGACGUGGGUCCUGGUAAUCGGCUUGAUGGCAUCGCUGCUAAACUCCAGGGCACAGGCUGGACGUUCGUGGGUGGUCGCAUUGGGAACACUGGAGUCGGUGGAUUAGUACUUGGCGGAGGGCUUAGCUAUAUGUCUACGCAAUAUGGAUGGGCUGCUUCAAGUGUCCUCGAGUACGAGAUUGUCUUCGCCAAUGGCACAAUUGGUCACAUAACGAACGACAACCAUCGCGACCUUUUCAUCGCACUCAAGGGAGGCGGUAACAACUUUGGAAUUGUAACGAAUUACAAACUGCAGGCUCGCCAACAAAGUGAGAUUUGGGGUGGCAAUUUGGUGUACCUGCGUACGCCGAAGAAGGACAAGCAGCUGCUUCAGGCCGUUCGCGACUGGACGGAAUACAACGAAGACGACAGGGCUGCUGUUAUAGUUACGGCGGAGCGAGCAAACAUCAACAUAGUCGACUCAUGGAUCAUCUUCCUGUUUUACGACGGUCCGACACCUCCAGCCGGACUUUUCAAGAACUUUACUGAUGUCAACCCUUUGCUUGACACCACUCGGACACGCACAUACGCCGACCUCAUGGCACUAAGUAACUGGGUCGUGAUCAAGGGCAAUGUCGUAGAUAUCGCCACGGAGACAAUCCCAUUACCUUCUAGUGCUAACGCAGUCGAAGUCAUGGAAGGUCUGCACAAUCACUGGCGCAACGUCUCCGGCACAACACUUCUCGUACCUGGUAUCGUAGCGUCCAUCGCAUGGCAGCCAUUCCCUAAGAAGAUUGCGCGAAAGGCCCGAGAUCUCGGUCCUGAUCUGAUCGACGCCGAUGCAGAUAUCGAUCGCAUUAUCAUCGAGAUGAACUACGCGUUCACGCCACAGUCGCUGUAUGAGCAAAUGGCUAAUACGAUGGAGACUACUUAUUCAGGUGUGAGAAAUCGGAUUCUAGCGUGGCAAACGGAGGGCAAGUUGCCGGAAGCGUAUUUGCCAGUUUUCAUGAACUAUGGGUUCUUUCGACAGGACUACUUUGGAAGGCUGAGGCCAGAGAGCCGUGCGCUGGCGAAGAAGGUUGCGGAUGCAGCGGAUCCGAGAGGUCUAUUCAGGUCGCGUACUGGAGGCUGGAAACCUUGA